AUGGAAUGCUUUCGCCAAAUUUUCCGGUGCCUGAAGGCACCUUUCAAACGCGACAAGGGAAGAAUUAUUGAAAUUGGUCCUCCCACUAACUUCCGAAAAGAAGAAUUGCCUGCUUAUUUUUCUGAUGCCGAGUCAGUUCUCUCGCCCAGCCAAGAUCCAGCGGAACGAUCAAAUCUGACCAAUCAAUCACAGGACGCUUACGUCCGAGGACAGCCGCAUAGCGACCGUGGAGAAGGACGAAACAACGAUCGAGAUGCUAUCGCUACCAUCGUCAACGAAGAGCAAGAUGCGGGCCCAUGUUCGAAGAAUGAGCGUGAGACUAUCCGAGAGCGCUGGAAAUCAAGCCCAGCUGCAGAUCAUGAAACUAAGGCCCCGGCCGAAUCGAUCAAGAUGGAGGAAAUGCGAAACGCCGAAUUGGCGUGUUCAUAG